AUGGUCACCAACCGACUCAAGAUAAACGAUACAAAAACGGAGUUUCCCUUUGUGGGUUCCCGCCAACAGUUGAGCAAGGUACAACUUGAAUCAGUCACGGUCGAGGAUUCUGAAAUCAGCGUCCGCAAUCUCGGGGCAUGGUUUGAUGGGCAUUCAUGUGAGCAGUCUGCGGUAAGGCCUUCCGCGAUCUAUAUUUCAUCAGACAGAUCCGAAAGCAUCUAUCGGAAGAUGCUACCAAAGUCCUGGUUCAUGCCUUUCUAACAUCUCGUCUCGUCUAUUGGAACUACCUGCUCUUUGGUUUCCAAAGUAUCAACGUGAUCGGUUACAUAGGAUUCUUAGCAGCUGCAUCUGCCCACAUUGUCUGCUUGGUACCCAAGUUCAGUCACCACACACCAGCCUUUAUAAUCUACAUUGCUUACCAGUGCCCUAGUGCUACCAGUGCUACCCGACCACUGAGCUCUCGUUGGUGUUGGCCCUGUUUACCUAAAGAAGUUUCUAAGAUUCAAGGAAAGUGGUCCCUACAAUUUAAGAUCUAA